GAGUGUUCCUGAUGGAGAGUUAGGAGAGCUUUCUUGCACAACUGCGUCUCUCAUAUUUCUCCUGAAGAUUUCAUUCAGAAAUGUAUUUGUUUACUGAAGGAAUGGACAGAUAGUUACCAACCCACCCUUUUCCUCAUCUGAGCUAACCUGUGAAUACUGAAGAAUGGAAGUAGUUGAUGCCAGCUUCCUCGGGAACAGUACCAAUAUUACUGCUUUCCUGUGUGAUAUCAUCUUGGAAAAUGACACUUUUUUCUGUGUGAAUGAUCCACCUUAUUCUUCUAAAGAUUUGCAUCAGAUAAUUCGUAUUCUGCUGUACUGUUUGAUAUUUCUGCUCAGUGUUUUGGGGAACAUUCUGGUAAUUACAGUGCUGAUAAGAAACAAGCGGAUGAGAACAGUCACCAACACAUUUCUGCUGUCCCUAGCAGUCAGCGACCUGAUGCUCUGCAUUUUCUGCAUGCCAUUCACCCUCAUUCCCAACCUGCUGAAAGAUUUUAUUUUUGGUAGUGCUGUUUGCAAAACUGCUACUUAUUUCAUGGGUAUCUCUGUAAGUGUAUCUACAUUCAACUUGGUUGCCAUAUCUCUGGAGAGAUACAGUGCCAUCUGCAAACCUCUGCAGUCCAGGGUCUGGCAGACAAAAUCUCAUGCCUUGAAAGUGAUUGCUGCUACCUGGUGUGCUUCCUUUACUAUCAUGUCACCGUACCCAAUUUACAGCAAACUGGUACCUUUUACCAAGUAUAACAACACCACAGCAAAUAUGUGUCGGCUCCUUUGGCCAAGUGAUGUCAUUCAGCAGUCCUGGUAUGUUUUCCUGCUACUCAUACUCUUUCUUAUACCUGGUAUUAUAAUGAUGGUUGCGUAUGGCCUCAUUUCUUUGGAACUCUACAGAGGAAUAAAAUUUGAUACCAGUCAGAGAAAAUCUUCACGAGAAAGAAAAAUAAGUACCUGCAGCAUCAAAUAUGAGGAUGGAGAUGGAUGCUACCUCAACAAAACCAAAAGAAAAAGGAAAAUGCCAUUGCAACAGCUCUCUGCUACCAGCCAUAGCAAAAUAGAGAGGGUGAGAAGCAACAGCUCUUCUGCCAACUUAAUGGCCAAGAAACUCGUCAUCCGCAUGCUGAUGGUGAUCGUGAUUUUGUUUUUCCUUUGCUGGACUCCUAUCUUCAGUGUCAAUGCCUGGCGUGCGUUUGACACCGCAUCGGCCGACCAGCGUCUCUCAGGAGCUCCUAUCUCCUUCAUCCACUUGUUGUCCUACACUUCUGCCUGCGUGAACCCUAUCAUAUACUGCUUUAUGAACAAGCGCUUCCGCAUGGGUUUUCUAGCCACCUUCACCUGCUGUGCUAAGCAAAAGUCCCCUGCAAUACAGGGAGAGGUUGGUGAUGAAGAGGAGGGGAAGACAACAAGGGCUUCACUCUCCAAAUGUUCUUACACGCACAUGAACGCAUCUGCACCCCCCUGA